AUGGAUGAUGGCAACGUCAUACCCGCCCAGUCUUUGUUUGUUGUCUCGGGACAUUGGAUGCACGAUCCAGAAAUCUACCCGGAGCCGGAAAAGUUCGAACCUGACCGACAUCUGAACAUGGCCAAGGGCCUCAAGCCCAACAAGCCGAGGCAGUUCACGGCGGUGAGCCCGGAGCACAUGGCUUGGGGUUACGGCAAGCACGCGUGCCCUGGUCGUUUCUUUGCCGCCGCCGUAGCCAAGAUGCUCCUCACCCAUAUCUUGUUCAAGUAUGACUUCAAGCUGACUGAGGGAGAGCUGGACCAGCACAAUUACAAAUUUACAACUCAAAUACUUGUUCGGCGAAGCACAGGAGACAAUAGAUAA